GUAGCACAGUUGCUCAGCAUCAUAUCCACACAAGUCACAAUAAUUGUUUAUUACAUACACAGUCCUCAACAUUAGCAGAGACACUAACACACCAUGUUAGAAUUUCUCUUCCUUAGCUUCCUCACCUUUGCAACUACUCACGCAGCUCUUCCCAAUCCACAUGGAAGUCCACGGCCAGAUAGUUCUUCAUCACCACUAAUUGCAACAACCCUCCAUGACUAUGUAUACCUAAAUUGCUCCACUGACACAGAUGCGGGCAGUGCCUUCCAAUUCAACCUAGACACGCUCCUACGGAGAUUAUCUAAUGCUACAACUGACAACGGCUUCAACAAAACCACAGUCACUGGAGAAAACCCCUCAGACUCAGUCUUUGGAUUGUUCAUGUGUAGGGCUGACGUUCCCUCUCAGCUUUGUCGACAAUGCGUCAACAAAGCAGCCCAACAGUUAGCCCUAGACUGUUCCUACUCCCAACAAGCUCUCAUUUGGUACGAUGACUGCAUGCUUCGUUAUUCCAACUACUCGUUCUUCUCUACCCUCGACACAAGGCCUAAGUUUACCGUAACCAGCAUCCUCAACAUCUCUAACGAGGAAAGCUUCAGGCGUUUAUUGUUUCGGACCAUGAACAAAACUGCAGACGAAGCAGCUUAUCCGCUUCAUCCUAUCAGUGCCAAGAAGUUUGCCACAAGGCAAGCAAGCGUGUCUGGAUUUCAGAGGCUUUAUUGUAUGGCGCAGUGCACUCCAGACUUGUUAUCCAAUGAUUGCAGCAGCUGUCUGGAGGGAGCCAUAGGGGACCUUCCAUGGUGCUGUGGAGGGAGACAAGGAGGGAGAGUUUUAUAUCCCAGUUGUUUUGUUAGGUAUGAAUUGUACCCUUUUUAUCGCCACAUUGAUCCCUCAGCGCCACCUUCGCAUCCCCCACGGCCGGUUCCUGUUCCUGCGUCAAAAUUUUCAGACGCAGAUCCAAAUUAUCUUUACCACAAUUGCUCAGCUGAUGCCACUGCUGACAGCGAUUUCAACAACGACCUCGUUACCCUCCUCUCUUACUUGUCUUCCAAUGCCACCAAAUCAUACUACAAGGACAGUGUCGACGACAAUGCGUAUGGCCUAUUCAUGUGCCGUGGCGACCUUCCCUCUCAACUCUGUCAAUGCAUCCUAAACGCAACCAGUUAUUUAUCUUCAAGCUGCAAUUCUUCUCAAGAGGCUAUAAUUUGGUUCAGCCACUGCAUGCUACGCUAUUCCAACAACUAUUUUUUCUCCCACAUGGAAAAAAGUCCAAUGUUUCAAAUGUUGAAUGUUACCGCUACCUCCAGCCCCAUCCCUGGCCAAGACGACUUCACUUACUCAUUAUCAACUACUUUAGCUAGUCUGGCAAAGGCAGCAGGAGAUAGUGCAGAGAAAUAUGUGGAUAAAUCAAUAGCAUUGAAUGAUGCACAGACCCUUUACACUCUUGGUCAGUGUACGCAGGAUUUGUCCAGUGACGACUGUGUGGGCUGUCUCUCAGACAUAAAUGGAAGAAUUCCAUGGUCAAACUUGGGGAGCGUUGGGGGAAGAAUUCUAUAUCCAAGCUGCAAUAUCAGGUUUGAAUUAUUCCAAUUUUACAGAGCUGGUGGUGACCCAGCUCAAGGGCCUCCACCAUCACCUCUUCAAGAAAGGAAAAAAGGGCAAUCUCGUACAAUGAUUUUUGUUAUUGUACCGACGAUUAUUUCGCUGACACUACUCUCUUUAGUCUACUAUUUGAUAAACUACUAUUUGAUGAAGAGAAAAAGAAGAAAAAAUGUUAAGAGGAUUCUCAGAGAACAAUUUGGUCACGAAAGUGUAGCUUUAGAGCCAUUACAAUUCAAGUUAUCUGUAAUUGAGGCCGCNUCAUUCUGA